AUGUUCGAGUCAAUUGUAACGGAUAUCAUUGCAAAAUAUAUUGGAGAGUAUAUAAAGAACUUAUCAUCUGAGCAGCUAAAGGUGAACAUAUUCUCUGGCAAUGUCAUCCUACGUAAUCUUGAGAUCAAAGGCGAGGCCCUACAAUCAUUCAAGCUGCCACUACACGUUCAAAAGGGCAUCAUUGGCACUCUAGAGCUUAAGAUCCCAUGGACUAACUUAAAGUCAAUGCCAGUGAUUUUGGAAAUAGAUUCGAUAUGCUUGUACGCCAUUCCACAGACUGGCUUUGAAUAUAAUGAACAGGAGGAGCGAAGGAAGAUGCAGGAGGAUAAACAGAAGAAGUUGGACAAGUAUGAGUUGGUGCGCAGUUGGAAGGAGGGCGGCCAGGGUGCGUCGGACGCGCCCUCAGCCCAGCAGCAAGACACGUUUAUGUCGAAUGUCAUGUCCAAGAUCCUGAACAACAUCGAGAUCAAGAUCAACACAUUCCAUCUGCGAUACGAGGAGGUGCGCAACGGCAAGGUUUACUCGCUGGGCAUGUCGUUUGGCUCGCUGUCGGCCUACUCCACUGAUGGAAAGUUCGCCCGCCGCAAGUUCCACGAGGGCGGCGCCAUCAGCAACGAGACAGUCUACAAGUUUGUCGAGCUGUCCGACUUUUCCAUAUAUCUCAACAGCGACGACACGUCCGUCUCCACUCUGUCCAACGACGAGAUGCAGCGAUACCUCAAGAGUCGCACGGGCAGCAGCGGGGUGGCGCUGGGCGAGCAUCGUUACAUCCUCAAACCCAUCACAGUGACACUGCGCAUCGAAAUCAACAAGAACCUCAGCAUGGACACGGCUGUGCCCAAGAUGAAGAUACAGUGCCAGUUCGAGGAGGUGUCGUUCUACCUCGAGGAGAACCAAUACCAGACCAUCCUCAAGCUACUGUCCACGAUCAACAGCUACACACAGGAGCUCAAGUAUCUCAAGUACCGGCCAAAGCUGCGACCCAAGCAGGAUCCAAAGGCAUGGUGGAGGUACUGCGCACAGGUGUAUCGCGAGUCGAUUCGCGAGCGUAUUCAACAGCGAUCGUGGAGUUUCAUUCAGAAGCGUCGACAGAACAGGAAGGAGUACGUCAGUCUAUUCAAGAAGCUACAAGGGGUUGAGUGGAUCGACCCCAUCACAGAGAAGGAGACAAAGAGGCUACAAGAGAUGGAAGAGUCAUUAAGCUUUGAAGAUAUAGUGUAUUUUAGAUCAUUAGCAAGAAGAGAGUUGGCAAAGGAACAAGCCAUUGCAGACUCAAAGAAGGGAGAGUUCUAUAGCUCAGUGAACAGGACAAGGUUCUUUGGCUUUUGGAACAAGGCUAACGAGCCAAAGAUGAGCAUCCAACUUACCAAGGAGCAACAAGAUGAGAUAUACAAAUCCAUCGAGUACGACGAGAUUGCCCUCGGUGCAACGAUUGAGAUGCCUCCAGAGUAUAUACAAAACAUACUGGAGGUCAAGGUGGAGGCCAUUGUAUUCACAGUGAUUGGUGGACGAAAGGGCGAGGGUAACCUGUUGAAGUCCUACCUGAACAAUAUAACAUUCAAGAUGUCACAAAGAGCGCAGGGUGUGAGGUUAGACCUCGACUUGGAGUCAUUCAACGUCAUUGAUCAUUUCAAUGCCGACAGUCUCUUCCCUUAUGUAAUCACCUCAUCACCACGCUUCAAGAACAACCGCAGCAUCAGUGGCAACAACAGUCCAAUCAAAGACAACAAGGACAACAACAACAUCAACAAGCAUGAACAUCUAUUCAACAUUGUGAUGGAGACCAACCCGAUAUCAAGCACAUAUGACUAUCGACUCAGCCUUCAAUUGAAUAUGUUGGAGAUCAUUGUCAACAAGACACAGAUCGAGCGAUUGAUUGACUUUGCCACGCCUAAGGACAAUGUUAAUCUGUUCUCUUUGUCGUCCGUGGCAAUGGAGGAGUUGAUAAUGCUCAAGGAGAUGACCAUCUUUCAGAUGUGGGACGCAGUCAAUCAUCACAAGACAAUAGAUCUCCACGUGGAUGCCAAGGCUCCAACGGUCAUCAUCCCUGAACACUUCAAUCGCCAGGACACCUCACUGUUGGUCAUCGAUCUGGGCAACUGCCUAAUGUACAGCGAUGUCAGCCAGAAGACUGUCAAGACAAAGAAGACUGCGCCACGCCCAGACCUGGGCGCGCCUCUUCUGCAACAGUUGGCCAGCAGCGGCGACCAGAGCGAGUUGGAGAAUGGUCUAAAGGAAUCGGACCUUUAUGAUUACUAUCGAGUGGAGCUCUCAUCAAUCAGAGUUCUGCUGGCGCGCAAUGAUCAAGAGUGGUGGCGAGUUCCGUCCGGUCCGAGUGGCGAGCGGGGCGUGCCCUUCCCGUUGGUCGAAGAGAUGGCCAUCAGCAUGAACAUUCAGAACUGCAUAGAGCCGAACGAGUUGUCACUGGCCAUCUUCAAGGUGAGCGGCACACUGCCUGAAGUGAAGAUCAACAUCUCCGACGCCACCUACCUCCAGCUCUACCAGAUGGCCAGGACGCUGACCACUGAGUCCUCGCAUACCACCCACGCCUACAAUCAACUCAUGGACACAUUGUCCUCGUCAAGGCCCUCUGAAACAUUUGUCGACGUCAGUCAGAUGGAGAUCAAGCUGUCUGAUGCCUAUCGCCAGGUGUUGGUGCGACGCAAGCUAUUCGAUGGCGACUUCACCCUCCAGCGCGUCUUGGUCGAUGUGUACAGCAGUCGAACUACUAUUGGGGCACAGACAACAACACGCCAGCUCAUCCAAUUGCGUGUCCACGAGCUACAGCUUCAGGUGAAGAAGAGGACUUAUGAUUAUUCAGGAUCACUACUGCUUGGCAAGAUGGAGAUUGACGAUUGCUUGGAGCAGCACAGCAGGUUCUCACAUUUGGUGACAUCACAAUCACGACUUGAGGACCAGGUCACCAAAGACCUGAUAUCAAUCACGAUUGGCAUGAUCGAGAAGCAAUCACCAGAGUAUACAGGUGUCGAUGUGUUUGUCGACUUUAACUUUGGCGAGUUGAACAUCAACUACAAUCCCAAGUCAAUCGGACAUGUCAUGACCUACCUCGACUACUGUCUCGAGGAGACCUAUCGACUGCAAGAGGAGAUGUUGGAGAAUGGCCUGUCGCCCAACAUACCAAUCGCCACCUCCCCCUCACCUUCGCCCACAAAGGCACCUUUGGCAAGCUCAUCAACAACAUCCCUCCUGGCUCAAAGUAGUGGGACAAUGGUCAACAACAACAGCAGCAACAACAGUGCAUCGAGUGGCUUGAGUGUUAUACAAGCCAAGGCAACAGUACACUCAUUGUCAAUCUCAUUGAAUGAUGAGGGCGUGGAGAUUGGAAUGUUCUCAAUCAAUAGGUUCAUGGUCAAGGAAUGCACGGUCAAUGGAAGAGAGUUCGACAUUGAGGGCCAUCUGGACAGCAUCACCGUGGAGUCAUUUGUUGAUCAGUGCGCCGAUGGACAAUCAUUCAAGAUGCUGACGCCAAAGAAUCUGGAUGUGUCCAUGGCCACGUUCAAGUACCGUUCAUUCAAUGGUCACCGCGGUGCCACUGUCAAGCGUGACUUUGACUCUGAGGUCACACUCAAUCUGCGGUCCAUCCACGUCACCGUCCUCGUUGACUUUAUUCUUCGCACCAAACACUUGAUCCAGCUUCCAUUCAAGACGCUCAAGUAUGCCACCAUAUACAGCAACACCAACAACAGCAACUUAGCAGAGGACAACGUAGAUAGUGGCACAGUGGCCACACCACAGAGGCCAUCAAUCAUUUCCAAGGUUAGCAAGACGAACUACACCAUUCAACUCGAGUCACCUCAGAUUGUGCUGUUGAGUAGUGACCAUCUCGCGACUAGUGACGACAGGAUCAUCUCUGAAUUGGGCUCAAUUGAGAUAUCCACAGUUCUCAAACGUUGUGUGGAGCCAGGUGUUGGUGAGGAGGUGGAGUGGGAGGUCAUCCAGGCAACCCUGCGUGAUAUGAACAUCAAAACAUUAAGAGCAGGUCGCCAUCAUCAGGUCCUGCACGAUCUGUCCAUUGGAGCAACGAUCGAGACCAUGCUCUGUUCCACCAAGACUCAGUUGCCCAUCCCAUCCAGUGUAGUAGCAGUCCAAAAGCGAACACAUAUCGAUAUCAAAGAGAUUGCGUUGCAGUUUGAGGACCUGGAGCAUUCACUCAUUGUCGGCGUCGUCAAGGAUGUAUUGGAAAAGGUGUCAUCAUCAUCACAGCAACAGAGCCAGAGGAAGCUCAAUGCGUCCAGUGGCACAGCCUUGAAGAAGCCUCUGCAAGUCGACGACCGUGCUCACCAGAUAAGUGUGGACCUACAACAAUUCACUCUGCUGCUCCAAUUGGAUGAACAUCAUGAUUUUGGUCAGAUUGCAUUGAACAAGUUUAAUGUCCGAUCCGAGUCAAACAGCUUGUCCACCUCCACAUUCAUCGGAUCACUCCAAUCACUCACUCUGCGAGACAUGCGACCAGAUGCCAAAGGUACCCGCAUGUUUGAGACAGUGCUGGCACCCCUCGCGUCCAACGAUGCCCAACUAUCAUUCAAGUUCACCACAUUCAACGACCCUUCGCAAUCACCUAUGGAUGGCUGGAAUAGUUGUCUCGCACUUGACAUGUCGCCCACAUGCAUCACAGCAUCUGCAGGCUUCCUACUUGGUCUGAAGGACUUCUUCUUGUUGCCAUUCACAAGCAGACUGACCGAUGAGAUGAGGGCGCAUCCAAUGUCAUUCAACAUCCCCUUGUUGGCAGACAUUCAAACACCGUCCAGGAUGAAGUUGGACAUCAAUGUGCGUCAGCCUAAAGUCUUGCUGCCCGUGUCACCAUUCUCCAGCGAUCACAUCAUGAUGUCACUUGAUCACAUCUCAAUCACCAACUCAUUCGUUGAUUGGUCGAUUGGUGAGCAUGAGACAACAUUUCCAGUUGAGUCGAUCGUCAUUCACAUUGCCGAUGUCACGCUCAGUGCACAGGUUGGUACUGAGACCACACUCACUCGCCAACCAUUUGACAUCAAGAUUGAUUACCAGGCUAUACAAGCAUCAUUUGUCAACACACUCGAGGUACUUGCACGCCAAGCGCAGCCCACCACUGUUGGUCUGAUGGUAUCGCCCCUGGUCUUGGACAUGGACGAGAGCAACUAUAUCCAGUUUACAGAUAUGGUGGCACAGGUCUUCCGAUCACUGGAUGAUGUGCCACCACUCAAGCUCAGAAGUGCCAAUCCCGGAAUGCUCGACCUCAUUAUGCUUCAGGCCACACCAGACGUCGUGGCCAAGCUGCCAGACAUAUUUGGAAUGCGUAUCAAUGUCACACUGGAGCAGAUCAAGCUUGAGCUGCGAUCACACCUCGAGCACUCGGACCCUUUUGCCAACGUGUGGAUACAUGAUGUACAGCUGGCCGUUGACAUGGCCACUGUUCCACGACCCAAGAAGAUGUAUGUCAAGGGCAGUGUACAGCAAUUGGAGGUCUUUGAUCGUCGCAUUCACUUCAAUCAUGAUGCCAUCAAUCAUAAUGAUCGCGCAUUCUGCUGUCGUGACCCUAUGAUCAAGAUGAUGGAGUUCACCUACCUCUCGUUGGACCCAAAGUCAGCAGCGGCAAAAGAUCACACAUCAGACCUGGUAUUCAACAUGAAUGGGCUACUCACACAGGCCUAUCCCGCAUUCUUGUUGCGCGUCUGGGACUCUGUGGCCAUAUCUUUGACCUCUGUGUUUGGCACCUAUUCCACAGACAAGUACAGACCAGCCAACGCUAUCCAUCUGUCGCCCGUCAAGCCAGUAGCAGACAGCAGGAUGCGUAUGAACGUUCGCUUUGACAGACCAUUAAUCAAGCUGUGUCAGGGCUAUCAACAUCAAGAUCACUGUCAGAUGUUCCUCGAGCCAGACCACAUCAUUCUGAUCAACAAGUUCACUGAGUUGUCGAAGGCCGAGGCUGUACAACGAGGUAGCACCCAUUCGACAUCAAUGCACAUUCAUAUCGAUGAUGUCUCGAUUACGCUGGUUGACCACACCAAGGACAACAGGGCAAGGAUUGCGUCCAGUCUCAACCUUGAUGUCACGAUGGAGGGUGGCAGUGGUGAGCCGCAACACUUCUCAAUCCUCACCAAUGCCCUUAGACUGUCACUUGAUCAACAUCAAUUCUCCAGCCUCUACAACUGCACAAACCAUGCAUUGGAGUGUCACUAUCAGCUUGCUCAUCAGAGCCAGGCUGGCUUCCUUCGUCCAGGCCCGACACCUAAACAAACAGACAUGUUUGUCAAUCUUGAGAUGGAGUCAUUUACAAUGGAGCUCAUUGAUACUGUCACCGCCGCCACGCCAUUUGCAACACUCUCCCUACAGCAUCUCAAUGUCGACACAUCGAUGCUUGGCACGGGCGGCAUGGUGGUCAAUGGCUCACUCGCAGACUUUACCCUCCAGGACAUCCGCGACGCUCAGCCGACCAGAUUCAUCGUCGCUCAACAUGGCGCUCAGCCUUCAUCAGUGUCCUUUGCGUACAAGUCGCAUAAGGAACGCAAUGCAGAUGGAUGGGACUCAGAGGUGGAGGCCACUGUCAAGCAUUUCGAGCUCUCGCCAUUCCCCCUGGACAUAUUGUUGGCAGUCAAAUCUUUCCUGCUCAAUCCAGUCACGGCCAACCCCAUUGCACAGAGUCCUAGUUCUAAAGGCGGAGAUGAUAAUCACAUGAGGUUGGCAUUGGUGUGUCAGCACUCACGAGCCUUGCUAAGCAGCCCAUCCAUUCCGAAUGAUCAUGUGGUGAUCUCUGUGGACAGCUUGGAGAUGCAUAACAUGCUGAUCAAUGAUGCAUCUUAUGAGCUCGAGAGAUGGAUCUACGACGUUGCAUCACUAUGUGUUGACAUUGAACGACUGGGUAUGAGAACAAAGCUUCUCACUGACCUGGACCUACGAGCCAACACCGACACGAUCAAGCACUACGAUCAAUUCCUGUCGUCUCUCAACGACCAACACACAGCGCCACCUCACUCCAAGACCCAGCUUGCGCUCAAGGAUCUAAAUAUCUCACUCUCACAGUCCAACUAUCAAUUCCUUCAUCAGCUCUACACAUCCUUUGCAAGCCCAGCCCAACCAACAACAAGCACAACUGCUACCACUGCCACAGAGACAAGAUCCUACGCCUAUGUAAUAUCUACCAAGAUAUCAACAUUCCAGUUGCUGCUAAUUGAUGGACACAAUCAUAGACUAGCCACAGUGUCAUUGGAUGGCCUUGAGUCCAAUGUGGUGCUGUCCGAUGCACCUGGUGAUGGCGAGGUGCAGGUGAUUGGAUCACUGCAUACUCUUCGACUGGAGGAUUCACGACACGAGAUGUCUCGAUCAAGAUUCCCUACAAUCUUUGGUAUCAACAAGCAGGUCCAACCUGGCAUAUCAUUCAAGUACCAGCAGUUGGGACAAUCAAAGAGAGCCAGCGUGGACAUUGAGAACGCCAAUAUUGUACCAAUAUUUGAUCUGUUCACUGCCAUUCAACAAUACUUCCAACCGACUUCAUCUGACAUGGUAGUUGCUCAUGAUGCCCCAAAGACAAGCAUGCUACAGUACACAAUGACACUCAAGUCCUCCAACAUUGUGAUGCCAUAUAGCAAUUAUGAGUUGCCGGAGCAUUUAUCGUGUCAUGUUGGUCUUGUAACAAUCAACAACGGUGAUGAUGAACUUGCCCAUGACAUCGAUCAGAUACUCAUGAGGAUUUGGUCCAUGUCAAUCACUCCACGUUCAUUCCAUGGAGAGAUCGGACCAAAGAUAUUAAUGGACAUGGAUGUCGAUAUCAACAUGCAAUCACUCGUUCACAAUCAAUCACAACUGCUUGACAAGCCCAUAACAAGCAUCACUGUCAACGUUGGCACCAUUAAGAUGGCAUUGGAUGCACAGCAAUAUCUAUUCCUGUACAACACACUGAAUGCCAAUCUCAAGCGUUACUACGAGUUCAAGCAUGGUCCCUAUCCAUUGCAGCCAUUGGUCGCUCAGCCUCUUCCCCAGCAGGACAAUGAUGUUGAUGCAGUACAGCUUGACAUGAGGGUCGUGUUCAACAUCCAGUCACUGGCUAUGGAGAUGUGCUUUGCACACUUCUCACCAACAUUCCUCACAUUGAACCAGCUCUCAAUGGACAUCGAUAUGACCUCCCGCAAGAUGGUCGUCCAAGGAACUGCCAACGAUCUGAUAAUCAGCAAUGGCAACCCUUACAACUGCGUACACAAUCAGUUGCUCACAAAGGACAAUCAACAACAGGAUGUCUUUGUGUUCACUUUUAUCUUGCAUGCAGCGACACAGCCUGUUGACUAUGACUCUGAGUUCGAGAUGGAGUUGCGCUCAAUCCAGUUGGUGUCAAUGUUGGGCGCACUCAUCAGGGUCAAGGACUUCCUCAUGGAGCCUUUGUCCGUCCCGGUUGUAUCCCCGCCCAACGCACUCACAAGAGGACGCCCAUCCAGAAUGAAGCAGACAAUCAAUAUGGCCCCAUGGACCCUGCUCAUCCCUGCCACUGACUCCAGCCACGACGCUGUCUUGAUCAACUUUGGCACCACGCACAUAUCCAAUCUUUAUCGGGACUGUUGCAUCAGUGGCGACAUUGUUCAACCUGUCGAGGUGAUGCAGAUCGUCAUCAGCCAGCUAUCACUAUUCACUAGUCGCGAUGGCAUCAAGCGGGCCAUAUCCAACAGUAUCGAGUGCAGCAUUGACAUUGAGAAGCUGUUUACAGUGCACGAGGUAUUGUGCGAGGAUCAGAGAAUGGCCGUGUCCAUCCCCAAGCUGGAGCUCAUACUCAAUCAAGACGAUUAUCGAUUCUUCUACUUUGUGUUCACAUCUGAUUGGAUGCGAUUUGGCGCGCCCAAUGAUCGACCAGUCGUCGUGCCACCACCCUUUGCACCGCCACUGCCUCAGCUGCUCAAUCACAGAUUCGUCUACAUCCCGCCCGAGCACAGUGAGCAGAUGCGAGUCUCAGAGAACCAGUUCUCAUCGCCACUGGGCUUUGUGCACAUUGCCAACGACUCACCUCGUCGCAUGAAGGUAUCAUGCGAGAUUGGCCGAUUGUCAAUGGCCGUCAGCCACACCGACAGCAACGUGGACCCUAUCGCCUCAUUGGAGAUCAACCAGGUCAGUGUCAACUAUCAUCAACUACGCAACAAUGACAACAAGAUUGAGAUGAUGGUGCGAUCUGUGCAGCUGGUCGACGAGCGAACUGAUGCUCCAUCAGUUUUCAAGGAGAUCCUCACAAGGAAGACACGAGCCAAUCAAGGCCCGCCACAUCUCUAUAUCGAGUCCCUGAUUGACGCACAGAAGAAUCGCAACUAUGUCUCAAUCAACUGUGACCACCCAUUGUUGUUCGUCUCACCCGACUCCAUCCUGCCCAUCAUGGAGUUCUUCACAUCGAUCAAGAACCCAUUGACCAAGUACCAGGUGGCGCCCCCACAGCCCAGCACACGUCCAGACAAUCAUUUCAGAUUCUACCUCAAGGUAAUCAAACCCAAGUUGUUGCUGGUGGAGAACGAGACACAACAGAACACGAGAGCAUUGGUCGUGAAGAUGCCCAUUGAGUUCCAUUAUAGCUUCACGCCCGAGAAGAACUUGACGAUGGAGCUCAAGGCCUCGAGGUGUCAGGUGUUCAGGACGACGCCAUUCUCAGACACUGAGGGUAUCUCCUCCACGCCACUGACCAACAGCUUUGCCUUUGACUUCAUAUUCAUUCACUUUGCCGAGAAUGAUCAGCGUACGAUCAACAUCCGAUUCCAGGCGCUCAAUAUCUUCCUGUCAUACAAGGACAUGAUGUUGAUCAAUCGAAUCUUUAGCAAUCUGUCACUGCCCCCUGGUACCGCUCCCGGUGGUGCCAGCGCACCGCUACCAGCAUCCGCCCCCAAUUCACAGCAGUCCAAGUCGCUAAAUUCACCUAUACGCCCCGAGGACUCAUUCAAGCUGAUGCACAAGACACGCAUUAAGUUGGACUUUGUGGGCCGCGUCAACUUGACCCUGUUGGACGAGGCACAGUCUGUCACCCUCCAAGAUAUACCAUUCCUGCAGUUGACAAUGGGUGACCUGUCCAGCAACUUCUGGGGCUGGUCAGACUACAGCUUCACGACGACUAGCUGCAUGCUCAAGGUGGAGGUGUUCAAUCACAAGCAUAUGGCAUUCGACUCCCUCGUCGAGCAGUUCCCGCUCACAGUCCAGCUACUUAGUGCCGACGAUCCCAAGACCAAGAUAUCGAUCAGGACAGAGGACUUGGUCAACAUCAACUUGUCGCACCCAUUCAUCUCCUCCUUGGCUCGCUUCUAUGAGAACAUUCAAAUCACCAACGACAAGGAGAACCGACAGCAACAUCAACAGCAGCAACAACAGCAGCAGGAACAGCAGGAGCAACUCCAGAGAUGUAGCUCAAACAUCAAUAUUGUGGUCGAUGACACCAGCGAGCACUCAUCAGACUCAUCGACUCCAUCGUCCUAUGAGCCAAAGUCCUCGUCGCCAUCACUCAAGCCCUUCACACCUCCAUUGCGACACUCAUUCUCACCGAUAGGAUCAUACUCGUCUCUGCGAGAUCUUGAAGCAGCAGCGUCAUCAUCGUCACCGUCAGUCGUUCCCUGGAAGAGUAGAGACUCUCCAUCACUGAUGUCCUCAUUGGAGGACCCCAAGCAAACUCUGUCCGCAUCGAUCAUUGCACACACCAAGCGUGAUUCCACCAAGUCAUCAGUUAUCCUCACACACUUCCACAACAAACAUCGAAGAACCAUGUCCAACUCGAUCAACUCGCAGCAGCUCUUCAACACAGUUGGCCAGAACCUCAUAUGGAUUGUCAACCUCACAGGAAAGGACAUCCAAUUCUAUGUUGAGGAGCUCCAACUCAUACAGCCAGCAUCCGCCCAGGAGCCUGGCAUGCGUCGCAACGAUGGAAGUUGGGGCAGUAACAUGAAGCUGUCACCCUCGGCAUCAUCCGCAUCAAUGGCACCUGACGCAGUGGACUCUGACGACGAGGAUGAUCUGUCCAGCUCAGCAAGGACUAAGAUCAACAGACAGGUGUACCAUCUGAAGAACAGAGAGAAGCGACCAAUUGAGCUCAGCUCUGUGUUGUUCAAGAGUCGUGACUUCCGUACCCUGGGCUCACUCAACGCUCACAUUGCACUAAAGUUCACCGACUCGGACAAAGAUGAGCAGUGGAUAUCGGGCGUGUCGAUCAACAUGAUUGGAGAUAACUACUACUUCCCGCCCUCGAACCAAGGCACCAACAUCAUUGUGUGUGAGGUAGGCUGGAAUGAGUCCAACGAGAACAAGAUCGCCACGUUGCGCUCCCCGAUCAUCGUGCGCAACUCCACCACGGUUCCCAUCGACAUUCUCAUUCUCUCGGGCAAACAAGACCGACAUGUAUUUGGACCUGUGGCCGUAGACGACAACUUCUACAUCCCUGUAGAGUACUUCAACUACAACAGCUUCAUCACCAUUCGUCCAUCAGACAUUGACCUCUCCUUCGAUAUGGACAACGCUCUUGAUCUUGUCGACUCAUCAUCAUGGCCAGCAUCACAUCUCUUUUCCCCAUUCAAGGUUGCGUCUGCCCCUGUCGCGUCCACUUCCAACCUCAACAACUCCAACAACCCCAACAACAACAACCACUCCAGCAACAACAUCGGUAGUAGCCCGGGCAUCAACAGAAGCCAAUCGAUAUCACGAGCCCUACCAUUGGACAGGUUCCACCUUGCCCUUCUCUCACAGCCAGGCAUACGAUGCGAGAAGACAGGACUCAUUUCAAACACCCUGGUCAUAUGCCCGCCGUUGAUCAUUGAGAACUCGCUCUACUGUGACAUUGAGAUACGCAUUCACAAUCACAGCGAGGUCAAGCGUGGCAGCAGGACAGACUACAAUCGAUCACUCCAACAACGUCCGCCCACAUUCCUCUUGUCGGGUAAGCAGACACCCUUCUACACUCAGUGUCGCGACGACGUUGGCAUGACCCUAUGUCUACGAGGUGUGGGCAAAGAGGUGUAUUUCCAUCUCUACUACAUGCUUGAGGGCACAGGCUCUGGCAGUGGCUUCAUCCAAAGGACACCAAUGGCGUCAGACAACGAAGGAUCGGGCACCUCCUUCACACAGGACCUGUCAUACCAAUGUCUGGACAAUGGCUACACGAUGCAACUCAAGGUAGACCACAGAUUCGAAGGUGGAUGCCACAUUGCCACUAUCUACACGACAAACGCAGUGAGCAAUCAUACGAUGAUUCCCUUUGUGUUGCGUCCCUCUAUUCCUGGCCUCAAGUCUGCUCCCCAUGUCACACUUCAGAGUAACGAGACACCUAUCAUGUUGUCGCACGACAAGUUCACGCUAUCCCAUCCGUCGUUCCCCGAGAUCACAUCCAAGGAGUUUGACAUCAUUCUGGGCAAGGAGGACAUCAUCGAGAUCCAGUUGCAUGGUCGAGACACGAUGAAGCUGCAGUUCAGGGUGUUUGUCAACAUAUCCAACGCGAGCAAGGUGUUCUUCCGUACUCGUAUCGUCGACAUCUACCCUCGCUUCUGCCUUGUCAAUAGACUACCCCUGACUCUGUCCUACACACAGUUCUCCCGCGACAUGGUCAAGAUGGCCAGCGACAGUCUCGAACUGGCCCCCGACGCUCAGAUCCCAUUCCAUUGGUUCAACGGCAUGUCCGAGCAGCUGAUCGCAGUCACAAUGUCAAGCAGCGAGUCAGCGCACUGGGGCUGGUCCUCUGGUGCGCGCAUCGACAUGGUGGGCACACAUUACAUCAAGUUGCUACAUUCACAGGACAGCAGCAUCGAGCAGAUCAUCAAGGUAGAUGUGGUGGACACGAACGAGUCGAUAAUGGUAGUGUUCCAUCCAGCCGACCCAAUCUCACUUCCGUUCCAUCUAAAGAACGACACCAAUGUCAGCAUGACCUUUGUACAGAAAGCACCAGGUUCCAAACGCUAUCAACUGUUGCCCAACGAUCAUAUCUACUUUACAUGGGACCAUCCCACCGCCGAGCAGAAGAUACUCGUCUACCUUGAUUCCAAUCCGAAUGCAGUGGAGAUCAACUUGAACAAGAUCAAGAACUUCAAGACCAUCAAGUAUAAUGGCCAAGUUAUAUACCCAGUGUCACAGGCUGUCAAUGGUGUCACAAGAGAGCUCACAUUCUCAUACCAUCAUGAGGAGGUCAAGGUCGUUGACUUGAUUGAGUUUGCAGUUGAGUUAUCAUUCGAGAAGAUUGGAAUUUCGAUCAUCAAUGACGUUCCAGAGGAACUCAUCUACAUCUUGCUCAAGGACACAUCACUAUGGUACAGCUCCUCCAACAUUACGCAAACAUUAUGGGUCACGAUCGACGACAUCCAAAUCGACAAUCAAAAGACAGACACUGAUUAUCCCGUACUCCUAUACUGUGAGAAGAAGCUCAAUGGCAAGAGUCUGCCAUUCCUUGAGUUCUCGGCCAUCAAGUUGAACAAGGAGAACUUUGAUUACUACGACUUGAUUGCUUUGUACCUCAAUGAGAUAUAUGUUCAGAUUGAUGACAUCACAUUGAUCAAUCUUUACUCAUUCUACUCCAAGUUGCCGCUGGACAAGUUUUGGUCAAGUUCCAAAGGUGCUGCUGUUGCCAAUGUUGAGCAGCCAAGCAUGUUCUAUAUCAAAUGGUUGAUCAUUGCAGAGAUCCAACUCUACUUGACAUUCAGUAUCACCAGAGAUGGUAUACUCAGUAACUACAACAAACUCCCUGCACUUAGAUUGCUCGUUCCUUCAUUGGGCAAGUCAUUGGGACAGUUGGAGAACGCACCACUCAAGAUCAACUCGCUUGGCAUUAAGAAUGUGUUUACGACCCAGCACAACCUUCAAGAGCACCUCUAUUCACAUUACAACAAACAGAUGAAGAGACAGGUAAGCAUGACAUUCAAUCCAUGA